UGGUGGCUGUGAGCUCAGUAAGGCUGAAUGUGAAGUUGUGGCCUCAGCUCUGAGGUCCAAACCAGAUCUGACUGAACUGGAAAUAAGUCAGAUCCAACUGGGAAAACUGGGAGGUGAAUACAUUGGAGACUCUGAUAUGAAGAAUCUGCUUGAGAUCCUGGAGAGUUCAGUCAGUAAAGUGAAGGAACUGAGAUUGAAGAACUGCAGUUUGUCAGAGACCAGCUGGACGUCUCUGUUCUCAGCUCUGAAGUCCAAACCGACCCAUCUGACAGAACUGUACCUGUUCAACACCAACCUGGAAGGUUCUGGACUGAAGGAGCUCUGUGGUUUUCUACAGACUGAAGGCUGCGGACUGAAAAUAUUGAGGUUUUUCAGAUGCGGGUUGUCAAAGAUCAGCUGUGAUUUUCUGGCCUCAGCUCUGAAGUCCAACAGCCUCCGUCUGACAGAACUGGAUCUGGGAGGAAACUACCUGAAGGAUUCAGAUGUUCAGCAGCUGAAGGAUCUUGUAAAGACUUUACAGUGGAGGGACUGAUCUCUGUAAAGUAGAGAA